CUUAAGUCUUCUUUAGAACAACCGAUUGUAACAGUAAACCAUUUGCCUUCGGAAAUGGGCUAAAAGAAGAGUUAAGUUGAUUAUAUCUCGGUCAUUGUCGCGCUAGUCGAUGUAGGUGGGUGGGGUCAAAGAUCAAAUUACUUGACCUAUUGCUGAUAAGGGAAUUGGAAUCCAUUAUUCAUUUCAUUCGAUAAAUAAGACUGUUUCGGGAAAGGUGAUUUAAUCUUCUUAGCACAACCGACUACCAGUGGACCAUUCGCCUUUCGGACAUCGGCGACAAUGGAGACUCGAGUUGGUCAUAUCUUGGUCUUUCUCGCGCUAGUUCUCUGUUGUCAAGCACGCUCUAAUGCCAGACUGGUCAAGAUCUUGUCCCAUUCGUCAACAGUUCUGUCGCCCGCAGCAACUCAACUCGGGAUGAGUUCCCGCGCACUGACUAUCGACUCUAUCAACCAAAUGAAACGAGGAGAAAGGGAGGCAGCAAUGGAAAGUCUUAAUCAAGCAAUCACAACCUUAGCCGUGUUAGAUGUGGCUGGUGCAGGGGUGGUGCAGAAUCCAUUUACUGCCUUAGCUGUCAACUACAUCGCCGAGAAAAGAGAGUUUGCCAACGUCAAGAGGGCCAUCCAUAGAUACAACACAGCUUUGUAUGAUGGUUUAUCACAAGGGCAACCAUUGAAUAAGAAAGGACUGCUGAGCAAGGUCGACGACUUGAGACGGCAGUCAGUGGCACAAUUCCAGCAGUCCGUGGAAAAUCUCCCAAGAAAUAGCAAAAUUCUCAAAAACCUCAAUAACGCCGCAAAAUGGAGCAAACUGGGAACAGCACUGGACGCGUUUGGCGCUCUCUUUGACGUUUUCGCCAUCGGUAUCAACGCAUGGGGUUUUGAUAUCGCUCGAAGGGAUGGUAAUGUUGCCGGAAUGGCGUCUGCUGGUAUCGGAAUCGCUGCAGGUCUGAUCGGAGUAGGAACAUUCGUGGCGGCUAUGAUUACUGGAUCAGCUGUACUCGGGCCAGCUGGAGCUUUGGCUGGCGCAGUCCUCGGUCUUGUAGCGACUUUAAUUGAUAUAUUUUCUUCCAAUCCGUCGUCGGAAAUCGAAAGCACUAUUAAAACACUUAAGAAACUUACAGAUUCCUGUAAGAAGGAACUGGGCCAAACGUCCAGGUUCAUGAAGCCUUUAAGUGUCAAAUACGGUGUUGGGUACGAAUCUAACCCUGCCAAUAUGAUCGACGUAAAAGGGAUGCCUGACGAACCACUCCUCUUUCAACCGGGCAAAGGUAUCGGAAAUCGUCUUCUGGGAGCCGGAAAAAUCCGCCGGCUUGACCUUUCGACAUUUUCCAAUGCCUAUUGGGAUGCAGAGGGCAAGGCUGAUAUAGGGUACGAUUUCUAUGGCAAAAUCAUUCAUAAAAAUGAACGUGGUGUGUCUGUAUUUGUAAACACCAAAUUUGUCGCGCCCUCUGGAACCCCGCUUAGAGGAGUAAGCGUCCAAACAUUCGCAGAUGGAUAUCAGAAUCAUUUUGUGCACGACCAGGUCAGCAUAGAAGACUUCGAGAAUCUGAAGAAAGGAGAAAAGAUAAUUAUCAACACUGGAAAUGGAAAUGACGUUAUCGCAGUCAAUGGUCUGAUCGGCAAGUUCACGGCAGACUUCGGUGAUGUCCUUGAUGUCAUCACAGGAACAGCCGAUAAUGAGCUGACGUUUGGCGGGAUAUCGAAGAGGCAUUCCAAGAUUAAAGGCAUCUAUUUCAACCGCAUCACAGAGCGAGCAGGCUUCUACCACGGAGGAGACCGCACGCUACACGAGUUUGGUACCGUGAGAGGAAUUGUACUCGUCCGAGGAAGUCCCUUUAAUGAUCAUGUCGUUCUGCACGGAGAAGGGUUCAGGGUGGAGCAGUCGCAUGGCAGAAAUACCUACGAGAUAGACGUGACACAAGCUAACCCUGACCAAGAUCGUGUCAACCAUGUGAUCGUAGAUGCCAGUAAUUCUCCCGCUAAAAUCCUAGUGGUGCACAGCGGUAAUGUCAUGGAGGAGAACUUCAGCUACCACAACAAGACUCUGACGAUUUCCAUGAGGCGUGGUGAUGACCCGUGGACUCCAGUUCGUGUCAUCAGGCUGGGCUGCAAGGAAGAGCCGUAUGUGGACCUCGUCGAAAAUGGACGCAUCACCAAAAAGGGCCUUAUCCUCAGCUGGAUGAAGAAGUACCAGUUUGACGGGCAGAUAUAUAGAUUCCAAUUCUAUAACGAUCGCACCGGAACAAGGAGAGAUGAUGUCUUUGAGAUUUUGGCCCCAAGGUCUGGUCCGACAAGCUCCCAUACCAUUGAUGGUGGAGAAGGACACGACUACAUCAUGAUCACUAAAGACCUUCUGGAUGUUUACUCUAUCUCACCAGGUUCAAGAACUCUGCAUCUAAAACGUCGAGCGAGAGAUUGGGUUCUAGAGAUUCGUGAUACGGCUUCCAGUCGCAUAAAGCAUGAUGUCAUUAUCAAAAAUGCAGAGGAGAUCUGCAAUGAGGAAUACGAGCCUCUGAUUGAUUUGUCUUCUGCGCGAGGUAACGAGUUUGACCUUGCUUCACUCAAUGCUGAGGUGACAGAAGUCAAGAAUGUAGCGCAAGCUAUGUUUAAAAGGAUGCUUAACUGAGUUGUGGUUUCCCUCUCAAUGCAUUCUAAUCAAGUUGUGCUGAGUUGUGCUUUCCCUCUCAAUGCAUUCUAAUAAAAAGUAAAGAAUUACCAUUCCA